AUGUCCCUGAUCCUACGACGUACUGAGGCUUUCGAAGUAUCUGUGAGUGCCGUUUGUUUGCAAAACUGGACGCAGUUCCAGUCGUCACGCUACAGAUUCAUGAACACAGCAAACUGGGCUAAUGGCCAGAAACGGUGCCAAGAGAUUGGUGCCAUGCUCUUAGUUAUAGAGUCAGGAGCAGAGAAUUCCUUUAUCGCGCAUGAAUUGCGUCUACGAAACAUGGGUCGUGCCUGGCUCGGCUGCACCGACGUAAAGAUUGAAGGGGAAUGGGUGUGUCAUCUCGCUGAUGGGAUCAGAGCCAUGCCGUACGACGACUGGAAAAGCGGCCAGCCAAAUAAUUAUCUUCAUCGGCAGCACUGUGCCGACGUCAUAAGCGACACCGGUAAAUGGACGGACAUCGAAUGUUACCAUGAGAGAUACGCUGUCUGCGAGAUCAACAGCACCCAAGUGAAGGUUCCAGCAGCAGAGCCAGCAGUAGUCUGUCCUCGUGCCGUUGCCACGUCAUGCUACAUACUAGGUGCUGAUGGGCGUCUCCAUCCCUGA